AUUUUUGAAACCGUGGAAAACGAACCUGUUAAUGUUGAAGAAUUAGCUUUCAAGUUUGCAGUCACCAGCAUUAACAGAAACCGAACACUGAUGCCUAAUACUACAUUAACCUAUGACAUCCAAAGAAUUAAUCUAUUUGACAGUUUUGAAGCCUCGCGGAGAGCAUGUGACCAGUUGGCUCUUGGUGUGGCUGCCCUCUUUGGCCCUUCCCACAGUUCCUCGGUCAGUGCCGUCCAAUCCAUUUGCAAUGCUCUAGAAGUUCCACACAUACAGACCCGCUGGAAACACCCCUCAGUGGACAACAGAGACUUAUUUUACAUCAACCUCUAUCCAGAUUAUGCAGCUAUCAGCAGGGCGGUCCUGGAUCUGGUCCUCUAUUACAACUGGAAAACAGUUACUGUGGUAUAUGAAGACAGCACAGGUCUAAUUCGUCUGCAAGAGCUCAUCAAAGCUCCCUCCAGAUAUAACAUUAAAAUCAAAAUCCGCCAGCUGCCCUCUGGGAAUAAAGAUGCCAAGCCUCUACUCAAGGAGAUGAAGAAGGGCAAAGAGUUCUAUGUGAUAUUUGAUUGUUCACACGAAACAGCCGCUGAAAUCCUUAAGCAGAUUUUGUUCAUGGGCAUGAUGACUGAGUACUAUCACUACUUUUUCACAACCCUGGACUUAUUUGCUUUAGAUCUGGAACUCUAUAGGUACAGUGGUGUAAAUAUGACUGGGUUCCGGCUGCUUAACAUUGACAGCCCUCAUGUGUCAUCCAUCAUCGAGAAGUGGUCCAUGGAGAGGCUGCAGGCCCCACCCAGGCCUGAGACUGGCCUUUUGGAUGGCAUGAUGACAACUGAAGCAGCUCUGAUGUACGACGCUGUGUAUAUGGUGGCCAUUGCCUCCCAUCGGGCCUCACAGCUGACGGUCAGCUCCCUACAAUGCCAUCGUCAUAAGCCAUGGCGCCUUGGACCUAGAUUUAUGAACCUGAUCAAAGAGGCUCGAUGGGAUGGCUUGACUGGGCGUAUCACCUUCAAUAAGACUGAUGGUUUAAGGAAGGAUUUUGAUCUGGACAUUAUUAGUCUUAAAGAGGAAGGAACUGAAAAGAUUGGGAUUUGGAACUCCAACAGUGGGCUUAACAUGACAGAUGGCAACAGAGACAGGUCCAACAAUAUCACAGAUUCACUGGCCAACCGAACUCUUAUUGUCACCACCAUUCUGGAAGAGCCCUAUGUGAUGUACAGGAAAUCUGACAAGCCUCUAUAUGGAAAUGACAGAUUUGAAGGAUAUUGCCUGGAUCUGCUGAAAGAAUUGUCAAACAUCCUGGGCUUCCUUUAUGAUGUUAAGCUAGUCCCUGAUGGCAAGUAUGGAGCCCAGAAUGACAAAGGAGAGUGGAAUGGGAUGGUUAAAGAACUCAUCGAUCAUAGGGCUGACCUAGCAGUGGCUCCUCUUACCAUCACUUAUGUGCGGGAGAAAGUCAUAGACUUUUCCAAGCCUUUCAUGACCCUGGGCAUCAGCAUUCUCUACCGAAAACCCAAUGGGACCAAUCCAGGCGUCUUCUCCUUCCUCAACCCCCUGUCUCCAGACAUUUGGAUGUAUGUGCUCUUGGCCUGCCUGGGAGUUAGUUGUGUGCUCUUUGUGAUUGCAAGGUUUACACCCUACGAGUGGUAUAACCCCCACCCAUGCAACCCUGAUUCAGACGUGGUGGAAAACAAUUUUACUUUACUAAAUAGUUUCUGGUUUGGAGUUGGAGCUCUCAUGCAGCAAGGAUCAGAGCUGAUGCCCAAAGCUUUAUCGACCAGAAUAGUUGGAGGAAUAUGGUGGUUUUUCACCCUAAUCAUCAUUUCAUCCUACACUGCCAAUCUUGCUGCCUUCUUGACAGUAGAGAGAAUGGAAUCCCCCAUAGACUCCGCAGAUGAUCUAGCAAAGCAAACCAAGAUAGAAUAUGGGGCAGUCAGAGAUGGAUCAACAAUGACUUUCUUCAAGAAAUCAAGGAUAUCUACCUAUGAGAAGAUGUGGGCUUUCAUGAGCAGUAGAGAGCAGACUGCCCUGGUAAAAAACAGUGAUGAAGGGAUACAAAGAGUGCUCACCACUGACUAUGCCCUACUGAUGGAGUCCACCAGCAUUGAGUAUGUGACACAGAGAAAUUGCAACCUCACUCAGAUUGGGGGCCUCAUUGACUCCAAAGGUUAUGGAGUCGGAACACCUAUCGGUUCUCCUUACCGUGAUAAAAUUACAAUUGCUAUUCUCCAAUUACAAGAAGAGGGGAAGCUACACAUGAUGAAAGAGAAAUGGUGGCGGGGAAAUGGCUGCCCUGAAGAAGAGAGCAAAGAGGCCAGUGCCCUAGGAGUAGAAAAUAUUGGGGGUAUCUUCAUUGUUUUGGCUGCUGGACUGGUCCUUUCUGUAUUUGUGGCCAUUGGAGAAUUUAUAUACAAAUCACGGAAGAACAAUGAUAUUGAACAGUGUCUCUCUUUCAAUGCCAUCAUGGAAGAACUGGGAAUCUCACUCAAGAAUCAGAAAAAAUUAAAGAAAAAAUCAAGAACUAAGGGGAAAUCUUCUUUCACAAGUAUCCUUACUUGUCAUCAGAGACGAACUCAGAGAAAAGAGACUGUGGCAUGAUACAAGAAAACACCUGUAGGGAUUUUCCAGGAAGAAAAAGGAUAUGUACAUUGCACAUUUUGGAGAAACGAGUUCGGAUCAGUGUGAGAUGUGUUUCCAUAUAUUUAUAUCCAUAACUCUUGAUUAUGGAUAUAGAUAUAAGAAAUGCAAAAUUUUAAAAGCUCACAUACACAGGUGUUACUCAGGAAGUGACACCAAUCCUUCUGUAAUGAAUUUGUAUGCGCACUUAUUUUGCAUUUUCUCUUUUGUCCAAAUAAAUUGCUGUGUGUGCUUUCUAAAAAACAAUAAAACAACAGGGUUUUUUU